AUGAAGGAGUUGAUUCAGACCUAUGGCCAUGAGAUGCCAGUAGUGUGCAAUCGCCGUGGGAUCUAUGUGAUGGACUACUGGCAUGGAGUAAGGCCGCAAAUCAACGCCGUAGGCGAUUCUCCGGCUGGUUCAGCUGGAGGAGAUGGCGUGGCGGAUGCAGAUGUUCCAGCCGCUUCAGCUGGAGCAGGGACAGAUGAUGAAGCGACGGAAGAGCAAGUUGAUAUGCAAAUUGGUGAGGAACAGAGACAGGCGAUCAUCAAGAGAGAACCGCAUCAGCCUACACAAGCUGAGGUGGACGAACAUGAAGCCACAGGGCGUGUGGUUCAUCGCAGCUGGUGUCUUCAUUGCAAAAGAGCGCGCAACAGCUGA